AUGGUACCAUCAAGAUCCUUCCACUACUUGAGGAAACCUUUGCCAACCGUUUACGAACCACUCCCACCAAAAAGAAACGGCGAAAAUGUAAUGACAUAUAUUCAUAAACAACUACUUUCGAAACACGAUCCAACGGGGAAAAGACGUGAAUUAUUAAAUUACGAAACUGGAUUGAGAGCAGGUGAUAUUAUCAAAGUAACCUACUUGGAUCGUUCAGAUGUCACUGGAAGAAUCAUUGCCAUUAAAAGAGGACAACGUAAUUUAGGAUCCAAUAUUUUACUCAGAACGAAAUUGAAUCGUGUUGGAUCAGAAAUUAGGAUUCCAGCGUACAACCCCAAUAUUAGAAAUAUUGAAGUACUUUAUAAACCGGAAAAGUACAUGCCAAGAGCUGCUCAUUAUUAUAUUAGGGAAUCUAGAAGGGAUGUUGAUGAUGUUGAAGCAUUCGUUAGGCGUCAAAAUGGAGAAAAGAAGAAACGUUAA